AUGUCUCUGAUUGAAUUGUUCACAAUGGCGAAUUAUUUGGGUUAUAAUGAUGCUGAUAAGACUAUUAAGUUUCAUUAUAAAAUGAAUGAGAGUGGUGGUGACAGUGUUCUGAGAUUGUUGAUAGGUUCAAGUGGUGGUGGUUUGGAGGAUAAUAUUCAAGAAGAAAGUGAGGAUGAUGAUUAUUAUGAGGUUCAAUCUGGUGGAUCUUCUAGUCAUGAUGAUGAGUAUAAUGAAAGUAAUUAUGCUUUAAUUGAUGAUGAUUUGUUAUACGAAACAAAUGUUGAACAUGGAGUAGAGUGGGGUUGGUGCCAAUAA